AUGGCGACCACUGAACCGUCGUCAUCCUCCUCAUCAUCGUCACCCUCCUCAUCGACGUCAGCACCACCGGCCACCAUUCCUACCGGCCAAAAUGUCAACGUCCCCACCCCCGCAAUCUCGUCUUCCCCAGGUCCUGCGCCAAGGGAGAUGGUCAACGAUCCUGCCCGAACGGGGUUUGACCCGCAGAUGAAGUGGUGGAUGAACUACUUUAACGUCCUCACAGGCAAGAUGACCAAGGAGGGCAUGUUCCAUUUCCGCGAGUCACGGUACAGAGUGCACGAGGAGAGGGACUGUAAGCGGUGUGAUGAGUACCGUGACUGGCUAUUCAACUAUUCUCCCAUCAUCCGCUUCUUGUCCGAGAAGACGGGUGAUCUCAAUGGACGACUUGACAAGAGCAAUGUCGUCUGUAGAAGAUGCCCCGCUAGACUAGACGAGGAUGGGAAUGUGCACAGACAGUCGGGCGGCUUCAGCCCUGACCAUGGUAUCUUGCUUUGUGCCAACGAGGUGAGAGACCGCAAGCACCUGGAGGACACGCUGGCCCAUGAGAUGAUCCAUGCGUGGGAUCACCUCCGCUGGAAAGUCGACUGGGUCGGCGACAAAGAUCUGAAGCACGCGGCUUGCACAGAGAUACGAGCUUCCAUGCUCAGCGGCGAGUGUCGCUGGACAAAGGAAUUCUUCACCCGGGGACAGUGGGGCGUCACACAGCAAUUCCAAGAUUGUGUGAGACGCAGAGCUGUACAGUCCGUCAUGGCCAGGCCUCGUUGUAAGGAUGAGGAACAUGCCACCAAGGUCAUCAACUCUGUGUGGGACUCUUGCUUCGCCGACACCCGUCCGUUUGAUGAUGUAUAUAGAUAG